AUGCCGAGGAUAAGAUCCAAGAAUGACCUGGAAUCGCUUUCCAUCUCAAGAUGUAAGAGAAUUAUACGGCCAUUGCUAUCAAAAAUACAUAAUUUAACCGAUUUGAGUUCAAAAUCACCGACUUUAUUAGAAUUCAAGUUUCCAGAUGACUUUUAUCUAGAAGCAUUUAAAAAUGUUUCAAAGACACAGAAUAUCGAUUUAAUGACAGCCCUAUCAUCUGAGUCUAAUAAGAUAUCUAAAUCGACAGUGCGACGGAAUUUAAGCGAUAGACAUAAGAAAUACUCUAAACUGAAGUCUCCAUCUGAUGCGAGUGAAGAAAACCAUGGCGAAGAUAAAAUACCCUCACCACUCAAGGUUGAAUUUGUAGCGAUUCAAAAAUUUGUCAGACCGAAAUCUGCUUUAGAGAGACUUGCAUCAAUGAGUCCUUUCAUUAGCAGUGAGCUAUUUGAAAGGUAUUCAGAAAUAUUUCAAAUCUUUAAAAAUAUCAUUAAUCUUAUCACGUUAAAACAUAGCAGUAAUAAAGUUCCAAAAUUGGCUUCUUUGUGUGCUAGAAACUUGGGAAAGUCUAUGGUUUUUUCAACCAAGACUACCUAUUACAAAAUGAAUCAGUCCUUGCUAUUUGAUCCAAAAACUAUUCCUCAAUAUUUACAAAAAUAUGAAUAUUUAGAUGACGACGUCGAUUAUUGGCUUCAGUUGGAGCCAGAGAUGAUAACUGAAAGUUAUAGGCUUGAUGUUUUACUCGGUUAUAUUCUCAAUUUAGUAGCUUUCAAUCUGGGUCUGACGCUUUACAUGUUGAUUCCCGUUUUGUUACACUGGCUUUACGAAGAACUGGUUAUAUUAGAAAGGAGUGUGUUGAAGUCAGCUAUGGAAACAUUGUUUACAGAGUUCUGGGAAUUCAAUGACUUCUACUCAGACGAUUGCGAUGGUCAAUGGAUGUUGGAAGUUCAUGCUCCACUCAACUCCAAAGCUAAUGCUACAUUAUUUUGGACUUUGCACCGCCUUGGAUACUGGGAGAACUUGGUCGACACGUUGAAUUUGUGCACAAACCUUAAUACUGGUAGGAUUUAUGAAUCGUUGCUUUUGAAUACAAUUGCGGUAAAUUAUAAAUUCGACUAUUUUCUAACCAGUUUAUGCGAUGAAGAAUCUGGUGCUGAUCUUUUGGAGCUUCUUGUGUACCCAUUAUUGAAGAAAAAUCCUCAACAUCCAAGUGUCAAUGAUAUCACAAUUAGAAUAAUCACAGAACUUAUAAAAAGAAGCAGACUAAAUAUAAAACGGUGUAAAACUUCGACUGAUUUUCUUCAUCAUUUUAAUGUUUCGUACCACAAUCUAUUUAAAUUUAGUCAAACAUGGCUUUCAUUUUCUUGCGAGCAUGAGCUUGUUUUUAACUCCUUGUAUCCCGGUAACGAGCGUAUAUUUGAAGGUAUUCUACGAAUUUGCUCUUAUUUACUUGAGAAAUGCAAACUGAUUAUGAAUAAGGUUGAAACUACUGAUCUCGAUAUUAAUGAAGAUGCAGAUUUCUUAGCUCGCAUGUCACUCGUCAAAUCCCAAUUUAAAAAUAACUUCAGAAAAUUUGAGACAAUGAAAGAUGUAAUGAAUAUUUUUAAGCUAUACUUCAUUGAUCUUCCUGGUGAAAUUUCUAUAUCUUCGGAAAAUAGAGAAAGAGCUUGUGAUUUUAUCGUCAAGCUUCAAGGAGAAAUCAAGAAACUGCACCACGGAAAUACUGACUUGAAUGAGUUUUUGCUUUGGCUCACUCGUAGAAGCGGUCUAUCUGGAUUGAUGUUGGCCCGAGGAUGUUUCAGAAGAUAUUACGGUUAUGAAAAUCGAUUCUAUGAUACAACCACAAGUCAUUUGUUUUCAUAUUUGUUUCAAUCCAAUUGCAUUGAUAGUUACUUUAGUAAUAGUAAUAUAUAG